AAAAACAAAAAGAAAAUAGAAUCUGAUUGGAUUUGUUUUUUCAUGAUAUCAUAAAUUGAAUUUGAUUGUAGUCUCCCUUCUUCCUCUUUCUGUUGGGGGAGUUUAAUCAUUAUUUUCAUUUCAUUUACCUUCUUCUUUUUCUUUAUGGGAUUCCAUCUCUAGAGCUCAUUGUUUGAAUACCCUCUCUUCGUUCCUUUGUUAUCGUCAUGGGGAUCUGCCUCUCUACCACCAAGGUCUUUGGCACAAGCAGCAACCCCUCCCCCGACCACCACGAAGAAAAGCAACCCGUCUCCCCCACAACAACGACCAAUGCCAAAAAGGAGUCUCACAAGCCAACUGUUAAACAUCAGCAGCAGCAACAGUUCAAAGCCAAGCCUAGUUCGAGGAAACAAGGUGGGAACGUGCCCUGUGGUAAGCGUACAGAUUUUGGGUACCGUAAGGAUUUUGAGAAGCGAUACACAACUGGGAAAUUGUUGGGGCACGGACAAUUUGGAUACACCUACGUUGCCAUAGGCAAUGAAAAUGGCAAUCGCGUUGCCGUUAAGAAAAUUGAGAAAAUGAAGAUGGUUCUUCCAAUUGCUGUUGAGGAUGUCAAGCGAGAGGUCAAGAUAUUAGAGGCCCUGAAAGGCCAUGAGAAUGUGGUUCAGUUUUAUAAUGCAUUUGAGGAUGAUUCCUAUGUAUACAUUGUUAUGGAGUUGUGUGAGGGUGGAGAGUUGCUGGACCGGAUAUUGGCCAAAAAGGACAGCCGCUACAGUGAAAAAGAUGCAGCAGUUGUUGUACGGCAGAUGCUCAAAGUUGCUGCCGAAUGUCAUUUACGUGGCUUGGUUCAUCGUGACAUGAAACCUGAGAAUUUCCUAUUUAAGUCAACCAAAGAGGACUCACCUCUGAAGGCUACAGAUUUUGGUUUGUCAGACUUUAUCAGACCUGGGAAGAGGUUUCAAGAUAUUGUUGGCAGUGCCUACUAUGUUGCUCCUGAAGUAUUGAAAAGAAAGUCAGGGCCGGAAUCAGAUGUAUGGAGUAUUGGUGUAAUUACCUACAUUUUGCUUUGUGGGAAGCGGCCUUUUUGGGAUAAGACCGAGGACGGUAUAUUUAGGGAGGUUUUGAAGAACAAGCCUGAUUUCCGUCGUAAACCAUGGCCAACAAUUAGUGACAGUGCUAAAGACUUUGUGAAGAAGUUAUUGGUGAAGGAUCCCCGGGCUAGACUGACUGCUGCUCAGGCCCUAUCACACCCAUGGGUUAGAGAAGGGGGAGAUGCAUCUGAGAUUCCUAUUGAUAUAUCUGUUCUGAGCAACAUGCGGCAAUUUGUGAAGUACAGUCGAUUGAAGCAGUUUGCUCUGAGGGCAUUGGCUAGCACACUUAAUGAAGAGGAGAUAGCUGAUCUUCGGGAUCAGUUUCAUGCAAUCGAUGUGGAUAAGAAUGGUGUUAUUAGUCUUGAAGAGAUGAGACAGGCCCUUGCUAAAGAUCUUCCUUGGAAGUUGAAGGAGUCACGUGUCCUUGAGAUUCUUCAAGCGAUUGAUAUCAACACAGAUGGGCUUGUUGAUUUCACCGAGUUCAUUGCAGCAGCUCUACAUGUGAAUCAAAUGGAAGAACAUGAUUCUGAAAAAUGGCAGAUGCGAUCAGAGGCAGCUUUUCAGAAAUUUGACGUAGAUAGAGAUGGGUUUAUAACUCCAGAUGAGCUUAGAAUGCACACGGGCUUAAAAGGCUCCAUUGACCCUUUGCUCGAGGAGGCUGACAUUGAUAGAGAUGGAAAAAUAAGUCUUGAAGAAUUUCGCCGACUUUUACGAACUGCAAGCAUCAGUGUACGGCCUAAUCCUAGUCACCGUACUACUUGGAAGUUAUAAAUUAAAAUUGACAUUUUGGGGGGGUUGAUCAGCGGAGAGCGAGGGAAAUGGAACAUGUUCCGGAUUUUGUGCUUGUUUGGUAUGUUUCCAUGAGCACCGUAAGGACUCUUGUUUCUACUUGAGUUUUGAUUGAUGGCGUGUGCUUUGGUGAAUCCACUUCUGAGGAGGAGGAGGGGGGUUGGAUGUAAGAGUUGGUGGUGGCUCUGGUGGUGAGAUAAGUGGACGUAUAUACAUAUAUGGAGUACAUUUCUUGGUUGGGUAUUCCUUGCUUUACCCUCCCAAAUUUGUAAUGUGACUGUAGAUAAAUUUACCAACGAAAAUAUGGAAUUGAUUUUUUUUAAACGACCUUACUCGCUACAUGUUAUCGUUACUGACUUGUUGCUAUAUAUAUAUAUAUAUAAAAGAUUGUGUUGAAUAA